UGUAAUCCGGCCUCCUGCUAAUGCAUCCUGGCACCAGAUGAUGGCUUAAGGACAGGGUCCCUGGCAGCCUGGGGGAGACCUGGAGUUCCUGCUCCUGCUCUCUUGCUGGCCUCAAUCUGGCUGCUGCUGGUACCGGAGAAGGAACCAAACCAGAAGACAGGAAGAUCUCUCUCUCGCUCUGUCUUUUUUUCUGUCUUUCAAAUAAUUAAAAGAAUAAGAACCACAAAAUUUGUAAAGACUAUGCUUUUAAAAUGAUUUGUUUACCUUACAGCAGCUGAGGGUGCUUUAGUAACAAUGCUUAGUUGUUUGAUGGUUUUGUGGUAAAGUGUAUUAUUUACUGCUUCUUUAAAUGGAAUGUGUUGAACUUAUUUUCAUUUAUGUAUAUUUAUGAAGUGUAAAAUGUUAGAUGCAAUCUUACUUGAUUUAAAUGCUUUUAGGAAUCUCUAAAAGUCAAAAUGUGAGACCAGUAUCGUGGUGCAGUGGGUUACACUUCUGAUGCCGACAUCCCAUACCUGGGCAGCAGUUUGAAUCCCAGCUACUCCUACUGGAGUGCCUGGGAAGGCAGCAGCGGUUGGCUGAGAGCUGAUCCGGCUUCCUCCUGGCCAGCCUGGGAAGGCAGCAGUGGUUGGCCAAGUGCUGAUCCGGCUUCCUCCUGGCCAGCCUGGAAAGGCAGCAGCAGUUGGGCGAGUGCCGUAGUGACUGGCACCACGUGGGAGUCUGGCAUGGAGUUGUGGACUCCUGGCUUUGGACAGACUCAGACCUGGUUGGUUGGCCACUUGGGAUGGGUGGGAAGAUCUCUUUCUCUUUUGCUCUCUCACACUUCGUAAAUAGUUGAAAUGCUUCUGGCAAGAUGUGACUUCUAGGUUAUUUUGCAUUAAUUACAACUAUUUCUUUUACUACCACUUGGCAUUCUCUUUAACAUUUGUUACCCUAACUUGUAUUAUAAGGUAUUUGUUACCCUAACUUGUAUUAUAAGGUAUUUCUGAUAAUGAGAAGUGUAUUUGCUGGUCUACACUUUAUUUUGAGCCUCCAAAUAUUUUAGCAAUAACCUAUUUUUCCUGGACAGAAGUUCAAAAUAGAGUAAGCAUUGCGCUUUCUGCUUUUUAGAAAUCGUUUUUGUCUGAUCUUACAUAAUUCUGAGACUCUUCCUCACUGGAGACCAGCAGGUGCAAGUGGCGGGUGGGGCUUCUCAGUUCAAUGUUAGGAAGGGUGAUUCUGACCUGUGUUAAUGUGUAAUUUCAUACUUGGUCAUGGUAGGCAUUUACCGUCUCUCGCACCCACUUCAUUUUGAAAAACAUAAGGAGGGUCACCUACUUCAUCUGAAGGGAACUUUUCAUAGAGACACAUGCAUGAACACUCAACUCACAGUGCACGGCAGAUAGAAUGUUAAAUGGUAGUCACCUUCAGGUUUCCUCUUAAUUUUUCCUGAUGUAAGUCAGAAUUAAUUUUAAAUUAGUCCUUAAGCUACUUUUAAGAAAAGCAGUUUUUCUGUCAGAAAUAUGUACAAAAUACUGAAUAGUGUUCUCCUGUAAGCUGGAUUGUUUGAGCUUUUUCCAACUUGGAUGUGCGCAGCUCAGCUGCCCCAGCACUAGUUUCUUUGACCUUUUUUUCUUGUAUUAGACAAAAAGUGGACUAAACCACUGUGUGUUGAUUCUCUACCUUUGCUCUUCUCAGAUCCUGUUAAAGCUUAAAUAUUCCUCUAGGUAGGUCUGAGUACAGGGGUGUUGAUUCCAGAGUUCAGCAUUUUUUGUAAAGGUGUGGCAGGAAUCGGAAGGUUAGUAAAAUGAAUUUUAUUUUGUUUCAAUCAAAAUAUAACUACAUGUUAGAGAGCAAGAAUAAUAGUCCUAUCACUUGAGUUUCUGUAGACUGGGCUGAUUUUAAUAAUUAAUAAGUUUUUUCCUGCCAGUGAGCAUUGGGUUACUGCUGACUUUUAGUGUCACAGUACCUGAGGGUGGUUUCUUACAGGGUUUAAAGGUGCAUGCCAGGAUUUUGUCUGUCCGUCCGUAGGAAAUGAUCCUUACAAAUGAAGGGAGGGGAGAACGUCUGGAAGUUUGUAGAUGCCGUUAAUAGAUCCCAAGGAUUGGUCAGUUCCAUUGUCGUCUUUGUCAGUCUUGAUCGGAGCUCACAGAGUAAGUCUGCAAGCCUGCAUGUGCCUGGCAACUGUUACCUAGUGACAGAUUCAGCUGCAGUAGCCAUUGGCUGUGCUGUUGAUUGGGGCAGUGGGACCGAGUCACCUUUCUCGUGCUGAGUUCUGCAUCAGCUUGGGAUGAGGAGGAGGAGCAGGGCUGGGGCUCAGGUGGAGGCAGUGCAACUGAGAGAUUGUCAAGAACAGAUGACAGCAUCCUGGGAGCUGCGUCCCAGUGAAUCGCCUUCUCAUCCAGCAGUCCAGCCUAGCAGCUGAUGAGGGUGUGUAGGUGAGAAGCGUUACCUUAUUCCUGUAUCCGGAGAACUGUUUCAUGAUGAGUGAUAUUAGGAUCUGCAGGAGGAAUGUCCUGUGGCUAUUUUAAAAGGAAGACUUCCCUGAAUGACUUGGUGGUGCACCAGGAAAGAACUUUGAGAGGAAUGCUUGCUGUGAAGCUGCUGCGUUGUUCCUGAAGACAAUGCUUUUUAUUUCUAGUGCAUGCUGUUUCUUCAAAAGGUACGACAACAAAGAUUGACAAGCUACUCUCUGAAAUGCCUGUACUUUCCAAAAGACUUUGGCAAGUAUUAGCCUGGGAUCAGCAUGACCUUGGAAGCCUUUUGGAUGGAUUUUAUCCUGUCAGCCUUUCAGGAUUUCAAACUUUAGGGCAUAAACUCAUCUUGAUCCAUCAGAGGUAUUUUAAUACAAGACUGUAUGACAGCCUCCUACCUUAUGGCCCCUGUAUCAAUUGAGCAUUUGCUCAAAAUAGAAUACAGAAAUAGGAGAGACGCUUUCUUAGCAUAUGGCUGCUUUGUAACUGCAAAUACAGUAAAUAAGGUAAUUUUCCACUUUGAGAAGAUUGAGCUGAAGAAAUCAUUUAAUGGUAAUCACCUAAUGCAGCAUGAAAAGGUACAGCAAAAUAGAACAUGAAGCUUUGUAGGAAUAUAUGUCAUAAGUAAUGACAGAUAAAAUAGUCUCACAGUACAGGAAAGUUUAUAUGACUAUCUAAAUUUCAGAAAUGUUUACAUUUAUGUGAGAUGCAGGUAUGCUUGCAAAGGUGAAAAACAACUGAACUAUGUAUUGUAUUAUCAUGCCUCACCCCAAGGAAGGUGGCAUAUCAAUUAGUGAAAGUUAUUCUUAGUUAUAAAUUUAUGUGCUGAAAUUAGUGGUAAAAACUAUUUUCAUUUUGAAAGGGAAGAUGUAUAAGUUCUAUUUGUGAUACGAGCAUCAGUAACUAUCCUGGACUAAAACUGUAUUUAUCUAAAUGCAUAAAAAGCAUGAAGAAUUAAAACUGUGGAAGUUUAUAAGUUGUCAUGUGUCAAUCUGUUAAUCAUCGUAUAUUUUCUGCCCCAUUGAGAAUAUCGCUUUUUUUUUCUCAUGGAAGUUAUGAGGUAAUUCAGGGUUUGUGAAACCUGUUCUGCUGCUUUGUGCUGAUAGAAAGGUGAAUCUUUGAAAUUAGCUAAUAAUUUUUCAUAGAAACAGAGAAAAUGGACUCUAAGGAUGAUCGACAAACAUCAAACCCUACACUGAACCCAAAGAUCAUUUUUGCCACAAUGAACUUUUAUUGCUUCCAAUCAAAUCUGAGCUCUCCAUUAUUUAAAUUCUAAAAUAUGAGUGCAUUUGCCAUCGUAAGUGAAGCAGGAAGACAUUUUAACACUUUCUUUUCUCAUUCCAUCGAGUUGAUCUAAGAAGGCACCCCUUUCAGGAGAAUAAACAACCCCCAGAAGCUUUGGCGAUUGUUGACGUGUCUGCUUGUCUUCUUUUGCAGAUUGGGGUAGUAGGAAGUGCGUUUUCUCUAGAAGUCCUUGUAUCUGCACAGAGUUGUCUGAGAGCCCUGGAGGAAGCUAAUCGGUGACCUCUUUUCACCUCCUUUCUAGCUAACAUCCCUCCUCUCCCCUCAGAGCUGAGGUGUGUCACUGCUGAACUGAGUCUGAGGACGAGACUUGCACGCUCUCUGGGACACUCAGCCUUCACAGAAGCUCUGAGGCUGUCUGCCGACGGGUUCUGACACAGCUCGGGUGCAGAGCGUGACAGAUGCUAGGCAGGGCACUUGCUUGUCCUAGCCCAGGCUGCAGGUUCUUGUGAUUUCAAGCCAUGAAUGAGUCCAAGUGGAUGGAAUGGAGGACCCUGAACCUGAGCACUGGCCUCGUGAACGUGUCCAAGCAUCACUCGUGCCCACUUGGAUUUGGUUACUACGGCGCGGUGGAUGUCUGCAUCUUUGAGACCAUUGUUAUUGUCUUGCUGACAUUUCUGAUCAUUGCUGGAAAUCUAACAGUCAUCUUUGUCUUUCAUUGUGCUCCACUCUUACAUCAUUAUACUACCAGCUAUUUCAUACAGACAAUGGCCUAUGCUGAUCUUUUCGUUGGAGUGAGCUGCUUGGUUCCUACUCUCUCCCUUCUGCACUACUCCACAGGUGUCCACGAGUCACUGACUUGCCAGGUUUUUGGAUAUAUCAUUUCAGUCUUGAAAAGUGUUUCUAUGGCAUGUCUUGCUUGCAUCAGUGUGGAUCGCUAUCUUGCAAUAACCAAGCCUCUUUCCUACAAUCAACUGGUCACCCCUUGUCGCCUGAGAGUUUGCAUCGUUUUGAUCUGGAUCUACUCCUGCCUAAUUUUCUUACCUUCCUUUUUUGGCUGGGGGAAACCUGGUUUCCAUGGUGACAUUUUUGAGUGGUGUGCCACAUCUUGGCUUACUAGUGCCUAUUUUACUGGCUUUAUUGUUUGUUUACUCUACGCUCCUGCUGCCUGUGUUGUCUGCUUCACCUACUUCCACAUAUUCAGAAUUUGCCGGCAGCACACCAAAGAGAUAAACGACCGAAGAGCUCGAUUCCCUAGCCACGAGGUCGAUGCUUCCAGAGAAACCGGACACAGCCCUGACCGUCGUUAUGCCAUGGUUUUAUUUAGGAUAACCAGUGUGUUUUACAUGCUGUGGCUCCCCUAUAUCAUUUACUUUCUUCUAGAAAGCUCCCGAGUCUUAGACAACCCAACAUUGUCCUUCCUGACAACCUGGCUUGCUAUAAGUAACAGCUUUUGUAACUGUGUGAUCUAUAGCCUCUCUAACAGCGUUUUCCGCCUUGGCCUCCGAAGACUGUCCGAGACAAUGUGCACGCCUUGUCUCUGUGUCAAAGACCGGGAAGUGCAAGACCCCAAGCCCAGGAAACGGGCUAACUCCUGCUCCAUUUGAAGAGAACCAAUCAGUAAAUCCAGUGCAGUGUGUAGCGUGACCAUGGUCUUGGGUUGUGUUCUUGAUUCCUCUGGAAAUUUGCCACCUGAGAAAUAUUUACUUGAAUAGUUGACUAUGAAAUGAAGGAUGGAACUAAGGUUUCUUUUUGUCCCCUUUCAUGAAAAAAAAAAACUGAAAAAAAAAGACUGUAUAGACGACAAUCUAAUGAGGAUUAUAGUGUGUGAGUGUAAAUGUACAGUAUUAAGAAAAAUUAAGCACUGAGGUUGAAAAACGUGUCUCAGUUCUUAUAACAGGAUGCAAGCCAGCCCCCGGUGUCCCUGUCUGCUGCGUCCUUGUCCUCUGUGUACUCGCAUUUGGUGCCUCCAUUUCUCCGUGUUUGUGGAAGUUACUACUUAGGUGUAUUGCUCCUAAUAGAAAAAAAAAUGCUGCACAUUAUAUAUGUGGAGAAGUAUAAUCUUUGUGCCCAAGUGUACUGUUAAGCACAUUAGUCGAUAAUCCUUAAGUGGUCUUUUCAAGAACGUUCACUAAAGUGUUGUAUUUUGUUAUUUACCACAGGAGCUUUUAGCUCAUAUUUUUAUAGUCUUUGCAGCAAAAAUUUCAUGCUACAAAGAGAAGCAGUACUUUUGUUUCUUCUAGGUAAAAUAGUAUUUGCUUCUCUCCCUAUCCCCAUGUUUCUAACAAACUGCAAUUUUCUCUCUCUCCAUGUUUCUUGAUCUGUAUCCUUUUGGUAUGUUACUCCUGAAUUGUCUUAGCUAAUGAAGGAAGCUACUGCAUAAAGCAACCAUAAUGGGAAAUAAUUUAUCUGCUCCAACAAAAUAAUCUAGCAGUAGGCUGUUAAAUAUUUUAAUGGCUUUGGAAAUGUUUUCAUAUGGUUCAUUUUAAUGAAUAUACCUAAAGUGGUGGGGUUUUUGGUUCUGUUUGUUUUGUUCUGUUUUGUUUUGCUGAAGUGAAGCUAAGUUUUUGUCUAGGAAAACCCGGAAGUGUUUCUGUUACAGAGUUUGGAUAAUAACCCAGCAGUCAGUUGUCAUUAUUAAGGCUUCCUGGGAUGUCCUUUAGAGCAAACAAAGCAGAAAGUAAAAUAUUAACCUUCUUGUGUUAGGUCUGCAUUAUCUUCCUGUUGUGUCACCUAGUCCUUUGUGUAAUAAGAAUUUGCAGAUAUUAUAUUUUUUACAACAAGGAAAUAUAAACUAUAUUACGUGAUUUGUGCGUAAUGUUUUCUUAGCAUAAUAUCUGGAUCAAUGUUGCUUAAGUUGUCAACCUUGGGAAAAGUAUAUCAAAAACUUAUUUUAAGAGAAAAAUACUUUUGUGUGAAUAUUAUUUAGAUAUUUAUAUUAGACAAAGCUAUAUUCUUAGUGCUCCUGAGAUUAAUAAUAUGCCUAGUUAUCAGGUACAGGUAAGAACUGUCAGUAUUUUCAUUUGUAAUGACAGGUUUUCAGGUGCAGAGAGUAAGUUAUCUUUUAGUGUGCUGUAUGGGAUUGUGUAAUGCUUUGUCAAAGGUUUGGGUGAGGCAGAAGUCAGUUGGGGAAUUAGUUGUGCAGCAAGUAUAAACAGUAAAACAUGUAUAUCUUUUUUAUUUUUAUCCUAUGUUUCCUGUCUGAAGAUAUUUUAAAAUUUAUAUUGAACUACUAUUUUUCUUCUCAGCGUUUUUGAUUUCUUUGUUGUAUGAAGUGCAUUUAAUAAAAUGUGCCUAUGACUUCAAAUUAGAAGCCAGCUGUGUUUGCACAUUGGUGACUGGAUUCCAGGGACCCUUGUGUGGAAAUGCUGUUGUUCUGAAGCCCUGGACGUGUAAGAACAAUGUCAGUGAAGAGUAAACCAGUAUUCUAUAUACCAACUUCAGGCUUUGCCUUCUGCUCAAACACUUGUUUAGAACAAGACUUGACUUGUUUGUGAAUUAAAAUCUAAUUGUCUUAGACUUGCUUAGCUUUGUUUUAUAUUGAUUCUUG